AUGCCUUCAACAAACUUAAUCAAAGAAUCUUAUACUGAUGUGUUGAUUAUCGGAGCUGGUCCCUCGGGGUACAUGUGUGCUCUUUGGUUGGCUAGAUGCGGUAUUCCUACGCGAAUCAUUGACAAGAGAUCAAACAAAACUUUCACCGGUCAAGCUGAUGGUUUACAAACCAGAUCUCUAGAGAUCUUUAAGUCAUUUAGUGAAGAACAUUUUGAUUGGCAAACUAUGGACUCGGCAUGGAGAGUUGCUAACCAGAUGGAAGAGAUGGUAUUCUGGUCACCAGACGAGAAUGGAACUAUAACUAGAAAAGCGAGAGCUCCCGAUACUUUGCCUGGAAUCUCGAGAUAUACUGAAUCUGUGAUUAAUCAGGGUAACGUUGAAAAAUGGUUUGAUGAAUCUAUUUCGCAUUUUUCCGACGGAAAAAUAAAAGUUGAACGUCCUUACUUACCAGUUUCUAUUAAGAUUGACGAAAAUGCCAAAGAUGAUGCCCACAGCUAUGCAGUUGAAGUCUUGGUUAAAAAAGUGAAUGAAGACUUGGCUAAUCCCGAACAAUAUGGUCAAAUUGCUAAUGGUUUAUACCGAGCUUUUGACGGUGAUCAAGAUAAAUUUUACAACUCCAGUAUUGAAGAAAGUGAAAAGAAGGAUUUUGAAUUGAUUCACGCUAAAUAUGUCCUUGGUGCUGAUGGUGCCCACUCUUGGGUUAGGAAGCAAUUGGAAAUUGGUAUGGAAGGUGAGCAUACUGAUUUUGUGUGGGGUGUUCUUGAUAUUUCGCCAAUUACUGAUUUCCCAGAUAUUAGGUCUAAAAAUGCCAUUCAUUCAAAAGAAAGUGGUUCAAUGAUGAUUAUUCCUAGAGAGUUUGAUUUGGUGAGGUUUUAUAUCCAACUAAAGGAAGUUGAGAGAGAUGCUGGAACUACUGAUGUUCCAAGAGAAUUCAUGGGAAAUUGUGACGAUCCAAACGCAAAAAAGAAAGGUAGAAUUGACAGAUCCAAGAUUACUCCAGAAUCCAUUAUGAAGCAAGCUCAAGCAAUUAUUGCACCAUACAAACUAGAAAUGACCAAUUUGAGUUGGUAUACUGCUUACCAAAUUGGACAAAGAGUUUCUCCAAAGUUUGAAAGGAAUUUACGUGUGUUUAUCUCAGGUGAUGCGUGCCACACUCACUCGCCAAAAGCCGGCCAGGGUAUGAAUGUUUCUAUGCAAGAUACUUAUAAUUUGGGUUUCAAAUUGGCUUUAGUUUGUAAAGGUUUAGCUAAACAAGACAUUUUACAAACUUAUGAGGAUGAAAGAAUCAAGGUUGCUCGUGAUCUAAUUGCAUUUGAUCACAAACUCUCGAGAUUGUUUAGUAAUAAACCAAUGAUUCCAAAUGCUAAAGUAAUAGAGGGUGAGACUGAUAUUGCCGAUAUGGAUGAGUUUCAUAGUGUUUGGGUACAAGGCUUAAAAUUUGCAAGUGGAACCAUUUCUGAUUAUGAUGAUUCCAUAUUGGUUAACAAGAAGGGCCUUAAGCAUACUGAAAAGGAAGAAAAAGAGGAAAAAGAAGAAGGAGAAGAAAAAGGAGUUUUCAGUCCCCUUGCAUCAAAAAUACCAAUUGGUAGGAGAUUAUUCAGUGACUGGUCGAUAGGUCAAAUUGACCACAAACCAUGGCAUUUUGCAGACCGAUUAUCUUCAGAUGGUAGAUUCAGAGUUAUUCUCUUUGCAGGAGAUGUUAAACAAUACCCUGAAAAUAUGAAGAGAUUACAUGAAUUUAAUGGCCCUCUUUUGUCCUCCGAGUCAUUUGCCAAUAAAUACACACCAAAGAAUGCUUUUGCCAACUCAGUUAUCGAAGUUCUUGUUGUUCAUGCUGCCAAGAGAAACGAUGUUGAGUUUUACGAGUUUCCAGAAUUUGCUAGACGUGAAGAUUUCAAAAACCGCGUUGAUUACUGGUCGAUACUUGCUGGUGUUGGAAAACUUCACCAAAGUGGUCAUCAAUUUGAUCUUUAUGAAACAUACGGUAUUUCUAAGAAAGAAGGUGCUAUUCUUGUUGUUAGACCAGAUAGCCACGUUGCUCAAGUUUCUGAGUUUUCGGAAACAGGUUUGAAGCAAGUUGAUGAUUACUUUGGUAGAUUUAUGAUUGAUCAAAGAGAUGUAUCAGUUCCAGAAAAGGACAAGAAUGCGCUUGAUUUUGAUAGAUUUAUUAAACCUCGUUUAGCUGUUUAG